GUUACCUCCAAAAGUUUGAAAUGCUCCCGCGUUCUCUCCUCCCGCAUUCAUUUUCUAUUCCCUCUUAUACACUAUUCAACGCCCCCUCCGGAUCCCCACCCCCGCCUUCUCUCCAUCUGAAUCUUGCAUCUCCAACAGCGGGGCAGUAGACAGAAGGAAAAGAGAAAACGGAGAGAUGGGAAAGCAAAGCAGAUCGAAGAAACCAGAAUUUGUAGGGGAAGGGAAAGUGACCCCUGUUCAGGUUGCAUUCAUCGUUGACCGAUACCUUUCUGAUAACAGUUAUACCCAUACACGCUCCACUUUCCGCUCAGAAGCAUCACAUCUCAUUUCCAAAUCUCCAGUUCAAGAAGCUCCGAAGAGCUUGUUGAGUUUGGGAGCAAUUCUGGAUGAGUACAUAACAUUAAAGGAGCAGAAAGUGUGGGUGGAUCAAGAACGGUGCCGUUUGGAGCAGGAGAAGCUGCGGGUUCAGAAUUUGCUAAGCGGCAUGCAGGAUGUGCUGAAUGCUUAUAAUGCCACCGGGAAUAAUGUCGUUACCCCUUCACCACCGCUACCUCCGCCCACUGUUGCAUCAGGGGCUAUGGUUUCUCAAGCUGAUCUUGCUGUUGUGACUCCAGCAGCCUACUACCCUAUGCACAACAGUCCAGCUAUGAUGUCUACAUCUAGGCCAUUGAAUAUUCGAAAAGAUCCGACAAAUUUCUCUACUCCAGUAACGUCUCAUGCAACAAUAAAAAGAAAAGGAUCCAAAGAUGUCUCAGAUGCCCCAGUGACUUCUAAAAGAUCUCGCAGGUGCACACAACCCAAAGAUGUUAACUCAGUUCUACAAUCAAGCAAUGCAGAAAAAAAUGAACAGAAAUCUCGUACAAAUUCUACAACUCAGUCAUCUGCUCGUGAUAAUGCUACCAAUGGAUCGCCAGUGCAAGGAUCUAAUGUUGUCAAGUGUCUAUUCAAUCAGGAACCUCCAUCUUCUCCAGCUAAUUCCUCUGUCCCUAAAACACCUCCACGAGCAUCUUCUUCUCAAACUGAAAAAUCUAGUUCUCCACUGGAAAAUUGUUCAACUGCUACUUCUAAUAAAGACAUCACUCCUCAACAAAUUUUGUCUGCCAACUGUACAAUAAUCUCUUCAGAGACAAUUCGAGUUAGCCCUAACAAGCAAAUAGCUUAUUAUUCAAUAGAGAAAAACCAUAUUUCAACUUGCUCACCACUUAAGACAAACUUGAAGAGGUCCAACACCAAGGAUCAUGUCAAAGGAAGGCUAGAUUUUGGUACUUCUGAAAUGCCUAUGAUGACAGAGAACCUAACCUCUGAUGGUAACUCCACGUCUGAAUCUGACAAAGAAGGAGAUAUUCUUGACUUGGAUUUUGCAAAUUUGGAUGCUUUGGGUUUGGACUUCAACUUCUCUGAGUUUUUAGUUGACUUUGAUAUUGAUAAUGAAGGAUUGGGUUUAUCUUCAAAACAAGUAGUAGAUUCUUCUCCAGAUUCUCAUUCAGGGUCUCUGCCUACAUCAGGAAAUGUUGAACUGGAUACGAGACAAGUUACAUCACAGUUUUCAUCGACUAUGACAGGAUUUCUAGGGGAGAAGAAUAUGAAUCUAGUGGGUACAGACUCUGUGGCAGCUAUGCGGUCUGUCACUAAAUGUAUUAGGAUUGUUAGUCCUGUCAAAAGUCAGAGAAGCAAUUUGGGUCAGGAGAAUUUGCCUGAUAGAAGCUGAUUGACUGGAUAAGAUGAUUGAGAUGACUUUUUAAGCUGACAUGCUACUAUGACAACCAACACUCUUUUACUCUUUUUUUUUCCUUCAGUUUUAGAUUUGCCAGAACUGAUUUAUUAACUACAUUAUAUUAUGUAUAUGCAUUAGAAUUAUUGAUAGAUCUCAUGUUCCCAACUCUACUGAGAUUUAACAAUGGGAUAUAGGAGAAAACAUUGUUCACACGCACUGAUGAAUGAAAUGGCUUCUUUGUAUU